AUGUGGCCUCUGGAGGCCAGGGGACGCGAGCUGGAAGACAUGGUGAAGGCUGUGAGUUGGAAGAAGGAAGAAAGAGAAGUGGAAGGGGGACACGGCUUAAAUACCUUUGUAGGAAGAAGGGAAGGCCUUGGAUCCAGCGAGAAUGGACUGGGCUUCGAACCCACUGGCGUGAAGCCUGACGAUUAUGGAGCUUUGGUGUAUGCUGGAGGUGGGAUGUAUGAGUAUGCCGCAGCCAAAUGCUGCGGUGAGAAUGGACGCUUCGAGGAGCAGCAAGAGCUGUAUUGUCCGCACAACAAGAUCUGGGUGUUGAGAAGUGUAAAGUGUGGAACAACAAUAGAUUGA